AUGCAAAAUCCCAAUGAAGAUACAGAGUGGAACGAUGUUUUACGUUCGAAAGGAAUCUUGCCACAAAAAGAAAAGGAAAUAUCAGAAGAUGAAAUUGUUAAUAUGAUUGAGCAGACAAUACAGCAGAAACAGGCUGAAAAGGACAAACAGUUAUCAGAGCUAGAUCUGGAUGGCUUGGAUGAGCUGGAGGAUUCAGAAGACGAGGCAAUAAUUGAGCAGUACAGGCAGAGAAGAAUUGCUGAAUUAAAACUUUUAGCAGAGAAACCCAAAUUUGGUGAUGUCAGAGAAAUCUCAGGACAGGAUUAUGUACAGGAAGUAAACAAGGCUGGUGAAGGCAUUUGGGUUGUUAUACAUUUAUAUAAGCAAGGGAUCCAGCAAUGUGCUCUGCUCAACCAGCACCUUAGAGAAUUAUCUGCAAAAUACCCAUGUACAAAGUUCUUGAAAGCAAUUGCCCAGACAUGCAUACCAAACUUUCCGGAACGAAAUCUGCCUAGUGUCUUUGUGUAUUUUGAAGGUGAUUUAAAAAAGCAGUUUGUAGGACCACAUGAACUAAGAGGCACUUCUUUGACCUGUGAUGAACUUGAAUACUUACUGGGAAAAGUAGGUGCAGUGGAUACUAAAAUUAAAGAAGAUCCAAGACCUAAGAUUAAGGAUAAACUUUUUGAAGACCUUGGUAACAAUGACUGGUGA